AUGGCAGGGUGCUCCAAGAUCUUGCUCGCCGCCCGUUCUGACAUGUCCGAGGUUGAAGUGGCGAUUAAGAACGCCGCCAGGGAGGCAAACAGGCCUGAGCCUCUUGUCCAUACUAUCAAGCUGGAUGUAACAUCUGAAUUGUCAGUAAAGGCCGCCGCGGAAACCGCCAAAGACGUGCUUGGCGGCAGCCUCGACAUCUUGAUCAACAACGCCGGUUAUCUCGAGGAGUGGAUCCCUAUCACCGAGUCUAACCCGGAGGAAUGGUGGCGGACUUGGGAGGUCACCAUUAAAGGAACUUACCUUUCAUCACGCUACUUCAUCCCGUUAAUUAUAAACUCAACCACCAAGACAGUCAUCAAUGUCACAAGUGCUGGUGCGCAAAUGGUUUCCCCCGGAGCAUCAGCUUAUCAAACCAGCAAGUUUGCUCUUUGCCGUUUCAACGAAUUUAUCGACAUGGAAUACUCCCAGCAGGGAGUUAUCGCCAUCUCAAUCCACCCGGGUGGAAUCAAGACUGAGCUGGCUUCGAACCUGCCCGAGGUAUUUCAUUCACAUCUGGACGACAAAGUCGAGUUACCAGCCGAUACUAUUGUGUGGCUAUCUAGUGGGCGACAGCACUGGCUUUCUGGCAGAUUUAUCAAUGCGAAUUGGGACAUGGAGGAAUUACUAGGGAAGAAGGAGGAAAUUGUAAAUAGAAACCUCCUUAAGUUUCGUAUGUUGAUUUAA